AAAAGAAGGAAGGUGUAUUAGUAAAAGCGAAUCCUAUGUUUUGGUGUACUAGAAAAAAUGGUUCAGCCCAAACGUAUGUUUUUGUCCGAAAAACAACAACAUCGAGAUUUGCCGUCAAGGGUGGCGAUGACGGCGAUGAUUCCUUAAGCUCUUGGCUUUCAAAGAACAUUUCCAGCAUCUAAAGUUAUUGUGCUGAAAUCAUGUGUGAUUGUCAAUAAGGAUUUCCUAUUCCUCAAAUCAGAUGGCUUUUUUGUUUCAGAAAUUUCAAGAGGCUGUGAAAACCCUUGCCAAAAGUCCCACUUUUGCUUUUGCUAGGGAUCCAAUACGACUACAGUUUGAAGUCGAUCUUAAUCGUUUGUUCCUCUAUACAAGCUACAAUCGAUUGGGGAAGAAUGCUAGUGAAACAGAUGCAGAGGAGAUUAUUGAAAUGGCCAGUAAAGCCUCUGUUGCUGAUCAACAAAUGCUAGUACAAGAAAAUGUUCAUUCUCAAAUUAAAGUAUUUUGCACGUUAAUGGAUGAAAUUCUUCUUCCAAAUGAAAAGACUGUGAAUGACAACUACUUCGAGUUACUAUCUCAACAAACAAACGUUUUACCUCGAAAUACUGAGCAUAGUUCUGCCAAUGGUUUUCCGAAACAAAGACCGAUAAGUCAAGCUGAACUUUCGCAGAAAUUAAAGGACAAACUUGGCUACACGCUCAAUGUUAAACCUUCUCAAAUAUCGCACAAGGACGCCGACAAAGGUCUAUUUUUAGAUGGUGUAGUAGAUGUUGGUGCUGUAAUAGCCUUUUAUCCCGGAGUAGUAUACUCUCCAGCUUAUUAUCAUCAUAUUCCUGGAUAUCUUGAUGAGCAGAACCCCUAUUUGAUUACAAGACAUGACGGGACUGUCAUUGACGCCCAACCUUGGGGUCGUGGAGGUGACGGGAGAGAACCGUUAAAUGGUGGUAAAAUGGUAGACGAGAAAGGGUCUCAAGUAGAUAAUAGCGACGAUGUACUCGAGCGUAGAAAUCCACUAGCCUUGGCACAUUUUGCUAAUCAUCCUUCAAAAGGAAUGCUUCCAAAUGUCACAAUUUGCCCUUAUGACUUUCCAUUGAUUGAAAAUGACAUGAGAGCCUACGUUCCUAAUAUAUUAUUUGGAAAUGCAACAGAAGUAAAUGUGGAGAGAUUUGGAAGUUCCUGGUUCAAAUCUAGAGUUUCAAGAAAUACUGAAUCACAUGUUCCUACUACUCUGAAAACUGUUGUUUUGGUAGCAACUAGGGCUCUUCAAGAUGAAGAACUUCUCCUGAACUACAGGCUGAGCAACACGAAGCGGUUGCCUGAAUGGUAUGCUCCAGUUGAUGAAGAAGAGAUCAUAGAAAGGUCAAAUUAGCCAAUGACGCGAUGAAGUUGCGAUGGCUUGAUGAAGUAAUUUUUUUUCCCAUUAUUUGUACAUUAUCUCAAAGAUGUAAGAAUGAGGUCAUGUCUCUUUUGUGAUGGAUGAGCAUGAUGAUAUGACCAAAUUUUUAAGGCUUGAUUUUGGCUUUUUUUUCAGAAGUCAAAAUCUACUUCAAGGCUACACAGUGUGGCUAUAGUUAUACUAAAUAAAUCAAGGUGAUAUUAAAAGUUAAAAGUUAUAAGUCAUUACUUAUUUUAGAUAUAUGUUUAGGCAGAUUUUCAUUACAUCUUAUGAAUUUGUUACAAGUUCUGAGAAACUCUGAAAAUACCUAUGUGCAGAAGUUAUCUUUUGAUCUUUUA